AGUCAAAGAACUUUACGUGAAAUAUGCGGGAGCGAAAAAUAAUAAAGAAGCGAUGGAACACGCGGCUCUACUUAGUCGCGAUUCUAUAGCUUGUGUGAACAAAGAUAAUUUGGAAGAGAUUAUAAUCACAGCAAGUGAAAAUAAUGUACGUCUAAGGAAGAAAUUAGAUCUAGUUAAAUAUGAAAAAGAGAAGCACGAACGUACUUUGAAUAUUUUGCAAACGGAAAACAAGGUAUUGGAGCAUAGACGCGGUCAUUGUAUAUUCAAAAAGAAGACGGAAAAUCCUAUGAAGAAGAAAAUCGAAACUUUGGAAGUACAGCUGGAGCAUAUCCGAAUGAUGCAAAUUAAAGCAAAUAUUGCGCGUAUGAAAUAUCGUUCUGUUUGUUCCGAAUUAAAAGAGAAAUCAAUACUUUACGCUUCCUCCUUGAAAAAUUUGGAAGAUGGCAUAAGGCAACAAGAAAUCGAGAUCAAACGUUUACAGGGAGUGAAGGAAGAAGCUAUAGAAUUAAAAGACAGCACUCAAGAGACUUUAGUGAAAGAGGAGAUUGAAGAGACAAAUUCCAGCAAAAAACGCGAUUCUAUUAUCAAGGAAUACAGGCAACGCGUGGCGGAACGAAAGAUGGAAUUGGAACGAUUGGAACGUAUGAUAUUUCAUACCCGUCCGCGGGACGAUUUCGAAAUACGUGGGAAAAGUCGCGUACAGGUACAAGAGGACAUGAUCAAGGACGAGCUGGCGCGACUGGAGGAGGCGUUCGCCAAGCUACAGAACGCUACCGGAGUGUCCAAGUCCGAGGAAGUUCUGAACCGGUUUCUGGGUCAGAAGGCGACCAAAGAGAGUCUGCAGAAAAUGCGAACGGCCACGGAACAAGAGAAGAUGGUGUUGGAAAAGAGGAGGCAGGAGCUUAACGCCGAGAUAGAGAUGAGAAAAUUUUCGGAAACAAAGAGCGCUGAACAAAACGCGGAAGUAGUAGCAAAACUCAACUUGCAAAUCGAUGAACAGCGAUCUCGUAGGGAAAGAGCCGAGAAUGCAAGUCGACGAAUCCGCGAGCUCUUAAACGAAGUAACUGGUAUACUGUAUAAACUGUGUGAGAAGUUCCAGGUGAGAGUUAUUAAUUAUAAGUCCGUGGACGACAGAGUCUAGAUGGAGUCUGACAACUUAAGAUAGAUGCUUA